ACUUCGUUCGGGCCGGUCAUGUCAUGCCGCUACGGCACGCGACAGCGCGCAACCGAAAACGCACCCGAUAAACCGCUCCGGUAACCUAACUAGUGCAAACGUUCACAAAAUAUCACAGAGCAAAAAACACCACAGUGCGCUAAAAGUUUUAGCUCGACCAACUUUUGAGUGGUGUACAUUUGUGCUUUAUUUGCAGCUCUCAGGGAAAUGCUACUAAUAUCUAUUACCUUCCCGAUGUGAUGUUUUACAGAAGUGUACUGUAUCAGUGUUUAGUUCUGAGUUAGAAUUACAAUAACCACAAGUGAUCCGAUCCAGGUGGAAACGGUAGGAAAGUGACACGCUACCUAUUGGUGAACGCGGUUUUGAAAAAUAUCUAGUGUGAACGGUAUUUCGAAAGUGCAUCUAACCUCGUGGCUCCAACCUCAGCGAUAUACAUACGAGAAACCUGCGGUGUAAGCGGAGCCGAGCGGUGCAAUAUUAGUGCAUUAUGUAUUACAUGAGCCGGCAGAGAUUCACGCGUCGAACUGAUUAUACUUGAGCCGUGAGUCAAUGUCGGUAGCGCGUGCGUCGGAGCGAUAAGGCGAUGUCAGACAGGACGUAGGGUAGUUCAGCGUAGAGACGGUGCGUGUGCAGUGAGCACAAGCGAGCAGUGACGGCGGUCGGGCGGCUGCAAUGGGCGCGGCGCGCCAUGCGACCGCGUGCGCGCCCGCUGCGCUUGCUGCUCGCGGCGCUGGCGCUCGCCACCUGCGCCGCGGCGCCCGCGCCGGAAGCGCGCGCGCAACGCUCCGCCAACCUGAGCCACAUUACGGGCACCUCGCGCACAAUACAGAUGUUCCUCAAGAACCGCUAUCUGCAGCUACUGCCGGAUGGCACCGUCAACGGCACCACAGACGCCAACAGCGUUUACACGAUACUUCAACGUGCGACGUUGAAGGUCGGCCUCCUGACGAUCCAGGGGGUGUCCACUUGUCUCUACCUCUGCAUGGAUGCCUGCGGGUUUCAGUACGCAAAUAAGGAUCUCACGGACGACUGUGUGUUCGAUGAGUAUAUAGAGGAGAACAAUUACAACACGUACUCGCGGAUACGAGGCGACAAGAAGACGUUUCUGGCGCUCGACAACCGGGGCAAGGCGCGGCGGACGCAGAUCCCGCUCAGCCGGCCGCUGGGCAACCUGUCCGGGUACGCGCUCACGCUGACCAAGCGCUGGGAGGGGCCCAAGCAGGCGCAGUGCCCGCCGCGCCGGCACCGCGGCAAGCUGAAGCGCCCGCCGCCCUUCCACAGGAACUGCCAGCGGCGGGUGCAGAAGCAGAACAUGAGGAAGCGCAAGCACAAGAAAGCGAACGAUCCGAAAAAGAAGCGGCACCCGAAAGCGCGGCGGAAACACGCGAACGGCACCACCUCGACGACCACGGAGGGCUGGGACGAGUCCACCAUGUCGACGAUGUCCACGACGGACGCGGAGUUUUUUCGGUCGGCGACCGCGCAAGAGGCGACCGGUCGCGCGUGAGCCGGUCGCUGCUCGCGGUCGGGGCCGCCGUGGCGCUCGCACACUAGCACCGUUCCACACUUACGCGCGAGAAUCUCUUAUCAUUCCCACUCAACGCCCUUCCGAAGGAAUGGCUCUUGAUAUUCGCACGCCGAAUGAAACGGGCGACGCGCGCCCCAGACUCGUUAAUCGUUACCCCUUGCGACUGCGGUCCGCUGAUGUUUCACCGCGAAAGGACUAUGUCUGUAAUGUCCAGCGACCGCAGUCCGAUUAGCAUUUCCCAAUUAAAUACUCAACAAUUCGUGACGUUGCAUUUAUUGUCGUCAUCGUAUGAUAUUACUCUACCAAAGCUACUGAAAUUAUCUAUCUCAAUUUAUAUUCCUAGUUCGCUUUAACGUAGUCGUAUCGGAUUCCAAUCGUCUUAGUUAUCAUGAAAUUAUUAACAUAGAUGUUAUCGAUAACUUAUGUAAUGUCUAAUGAAUUCGUUUAAACGAGUCGAGAUUGAUGUUUGGUAAUGUGGAACUGUGUUAGGGGAAGGACGAUCCGUGUUCGCGGCAAAUGGGCGGCGGCAGAGCGCGAGCUCGGCUGACCCGGCCCACUGUUCCUCUCGUCUAUUCUAACCUUUCGACCGAAUCCGGAAUCACGCGUCUGUUUAUUAUUCGUAUAUCAUCCGAAUCGAUUUCCUAAGCGUCUCUUAUUUAAUUAAGUCUAAGUGAUCCGUUAAUGGACGCUGUGCGGCCGUCGUAUUCCGUUAUACGCGGUUAUCAGAUCCGAAUAUCUCGAAGCCCGUCCCGUACGAACGACUCGAAUAUUGUCUAUAUUAAUGUUAUGGUUAUAAUUGGUGACGAGUCCAUUAGUUGCGAACAUGGAUCGAAGAAAUGUUUUUGUACUUAGACGGAUGUGUUGGGUGUAUUUUCAUAAGAAAUUGACUGAAAAUAUAUGACUGAGUAAUGUAGGUACCGUCGGUUUUGGAAUAGGCUAUGAUAGUGUAAAGUGCGGCGGCGGCAUGCUUCUGUUUAAUUUAAGUUGCGAUGGACGCGAAGCGAUCGAUUUUAUUUAUCCGUGACUCGAUUCGAACGUUCGCCAUUUCGCGCGCAAAAUCGUUCGCUUCCGUCCGCCCAAAAAAAUGAAUUAGUGAUAAAAUUUAACGGCGACGAAGUGACUAUUUGUAGUUAGUUAUAAAACGUGUAUGUAAUUUGUAAAUUAUUUAUUUUAUUUUCCAUAGAGAAAGUCGUAUUUUGUUAACGUUUUAGUUGAUGUUUUAAUUAUCUUGACCCCUUAGUUCCAUCCGAUGUAGAUAAUAGGAUGACAUACGCUUGUAAUGUUAGUGAGCCAAUUUUAUGUGUAUUAUAUUUAUAACUCCGUUCUGUAACGAUAUGUUAUUUGUAUUGUUUGUAUGGAUGAAUAUUGUGAAUGAAUACAUAGAUAUUAUUACACGAAUACAUUCUGUAUAGAUCCCUCGCAUUCGAUUUAUGUUCUUGGUAUGUAUGUAUCAUUAAAAAAUUAGCGGACCGUUUCUAUGAAUGUUAAUUCAAAAUUCAUACGAUAUACGUAUACCUAUUAAUCGAUUUGUAGUGCAUAACAAUAAGAAUGGUCCGCUGAUUAUAAAUAUUCAAAAGUAAUGAAUAUUCAUAGUAACAAGCUUUAUGAUUGUACCUACAUAAGUAUGUAAGAAGGAUGAUAUCAAGUUAUUUAUUAUGUCUUGUUGUGGAAAAUGAAAACGACGUAAUGUACUAUGUAAGCAUUUAACCACAUUUUAUCAAUACAUCCUGAAUCAACUCGUCAUUCAAUACAUGUUUAUAAUCGAUUUUAAUAAUCGAUACGCUAUAAUUUUUUUGUAAAUAUCGUUCUUUUAGCCUAGAAACAGUAUUGGUGCAUCGUGAAACUUCUCGAUUUAAUAACUAGUUUUAUAAUUUUGUAUCAAAUAAACUUUGUCGUAAGACACUAUUUUCAUCAUUCGAUUACGUGGUUAUUUGAAAUUUGAUUCCUUUUUCAGACGUAUGGCAACACUAUAUAAAUCUCAUAGGCGUGCUCGAAAAUAUUCUUAAAAAUUACCUAUAUUCUCUACGGUUUUAAUAAUCUAUGGACAAGUUUAAAGAACAAAAAGUUUUCGAGUUUCGCGCGAAUUUUCAAAUCACGUACCGUCAUAGUACCUACCUACCUUGUCAAUGUAAAAAUAAAUGUUAUUUUUGUUAUUUAUACACAUGUGCCAUAAUACCCCUACUUUUAAUAGUUUUAUCUGUCAAUAGUAAUUUGUAAUAAUUGUCUAUUAUCUGAUAAGGGAUUUAACAGGAGUCGGUCAAUAUAUGUAUUAUAAUAUUAUAAUACUCCUUAGAAGUUCCAAGAAUCGUAAUACAUAGCAUGGUAAAUGAGCCGCAAGGAGUUGGGGCCAUAUAGUUGCAAUUAGGUAUUUAAAACGAUUUAAAAAAUAUUUCGAUCACGAAACACCGAGUAUACAAAAUUAUUUUAUGUAGUUAAUAAAGACAGAUUUUAUACCAUAAAAAUAUAUUAAUAAAAAAGUAUACUGUUAACAUUUCAAUAUUCUUUAGGACAGUAAAGUCCUUACAGUUUAUUAAAGUAAUUUAUCAAUUUGCAACAUAUGGUCAAGAUAGAAGGGGUAAAGAAUUGGAUAUAGUAGUGAAAAAUGUAUCGAAUGCUUAGCUUGUACCCACCAAUUUAUGGCUCCUAACCCUGUUUCUCGAAGUUCGAGAUACCGGGUAAAACUUGGGUCAAACAGUAUUACUUAAUUAAUUUCGAUACCUUUACAAUUUUACAUUAAUAUACCGGUAUUCGUGAUGCAAAUUGACUCUAUGUGCUUAAUCGAAGUGAAUUGCUCGAAUAUUCAACAUAAAACAGAACAAAAAUCCUCGAAGGACCAUUUUUCCGAAAAUUCGAUCGAAUUCAGUGUACAUACAAUAUAACUAGCAAUAAUAGGUUUAAAAUGUACUCAUAAGGAAUAAUAAUUAUGAACACUUCAUUCGAUCCGAUUAUUGUAGAAGUGAUAUUUUAUACAAAUAUUCGAGCAAACCUUUAUUAUCGAUAUAGCAUAAUGUCGAUUAAUCGAAUCGAUUAUCAAUUCAUCAGAAUUAAAAAAAAAAAAUAUUGCACGACUGGCGGCAUACAUUUAUAUAAAAACAAUUUAUUACUUCAUGUUGAGUCGUGCGAUAGAAAAUCCUGAGGUUUCGGCUCACAAUAACAAAAUUUGCCACAAUAUGUAGACUUACCAAAAGAAUGAUCGAAACUUUAGACAAUAACUUUUUACAGCCUCUUAUACCGAGAAUAAAUAAAAUGAUUCUUUGAAUAUUG